AGAGGGCUAAAAAGCUGCAAGGUUGGCUUGUGUCCUAAACCAUUCAUAACUAUGGACUUGCCAGAUGAGAGCCAGUGGGAUGAAACCACCUGUAACUUGGCUGUUUGUCAGCAUCCACAAUGCUGGGCAACUAUCCGCCGAAUUGAGAGGGGCCACCCUCGAAUCCUGGGCUCACCCUGCAGAGCUCCUCUGGAUGCUAAUGACAAACUCCCAGUGCUCACCAUUGUAAACAUCUCAGAUUCCUGCUUUCCGGCCAAGAGACAUGCUCAUCAUCAUUUAUCAGAAUUUACCUUCACUAAGCCUCACUCUUUAUUGUCUCAGAGGUCAAAACUGGACUCCAAAUUUCAAGGCAGACCUUGGAUGGAUUUACCUGACAAAGAUUUGAUCAACUAUGCGAAUAGACCUCCCAACAUAAGUCACAGAUUGCAAAAGCUUCCAGUGCUGAAUUUGAAUGAGACACAACUUCCCUGCCCUCAGGAUAUCAGAAAUAAGGUUGUAAUCUGGAUCCCAAGAGAACCGGAGAAGCAUAUGACUCCAGCUGAGAGGAAAUAUAUUGUUCCCAGCCAGGAUGGGAAGAAGAAAAGAAAGACAGCUACAAAAGACAAGCCCCCUCUGGUUCUCUCUGGAAAGCAGAACACAGAAACACAGUUGAGACCUUCAGGGAAAAUAGAACCUCCCUCCUUCCCAGUACACUUGUUUGAGCAACUAAGUUCAGAAUUCAUACCUUUCUGGAACCAGUUUGACAUGUUACCUCAGGAUCUCCUGAACGAUCUUUUGUCAGGUGCAGGGGAAACGACUCCUUGUCCAGAGAUGAAGACACAAUUGGCCAUGAUGAAAAAGAAACCUCCUCUGGAAAAGAGCCGACCUGACAGUGCCAUUUCUUCUAAGAUGGUUUUAUCUGUCCACCACCUCACCCUGCAAAGACCAGCAUUGAGACAUCCUGAACAUUUGAAGAAAGUACGUUAUGAUCUGAAGACAGAAGGUAGGUUUUCUGGUACGGCCAGAUCUCUAGGUACCACUCCCCCUCAGCCCACACAGCAACAGCAGCAGUGGCAGCAGCAGAGGCUGCCGAAGACACCUACUAAGAAGCAGGAGGCUAAAAAGAAAUCCAAGAAUGAUCCAGGGAGCCAGCGCACUUCACUUACACGUUUAGGUGCCAUGGUUUAUGACCCAUGCCCCGGUCACAGAACUCUACCAGAUUUGGGAAGUGACGAAAAGCAACAGCAGCAGAUGAAGAGAAAAGGCCCCACCUUGAAACAGAAUCCCACAGAGAGGCCACAGGUGGACGACGCUGAGAACGACCAGGAUUACUUGCCCAGGAAGCAGAAUCCUAAAUUAUCCAAAAGAGAACCCACUAACGAGGACAUCAAUACUCAGAUAGAGGUUGUGUGGGAAGCCCAAGAGAGGACCCCAAAGGACCUUUCAGCCGGUACAUCUAGAAAAAGUUGGAACCCUGAGCUCAAACUACUGAGGAUUCUUCAGGCCCCUGAUUAUGAGGAUGAGGACAACCAACCCUGUGGGACGCAGAGUAAGGAGUCUUCCGCAGGCAUAGGCAGAAGACCUCACUGGGACAGCCUUGUUCCACAGCAGGAUGCUGAGAAUCUUGAGGACAGCGACCUUGAACAUGAGGGCUGAAAGGACUUCUGCUCCCUGCAGCCUUUACCAGGCCUGAGCUAGGGAUUCUGUUUUCUUCACUCAUCUCUACUUGCCUCUAAAAUAAGUGAGGGAGAAAAA